AUGGACCCGACCUCGAAGAGGCGGCCCCGGCGCGUAAACCCUCAGCUCGUGCUGCUGAAGGUGUCACUGUUCCUGAUCUUCGGUGCGUUCUCUUCACUUACCCCGUACCUGACGAUCCACAUGCAAAGCAUCGGCCUGACGGUGGAGGAGAUCGCCACCGUCUAUCUGACGCUGCUGUUCACCUCCUGCCUGAGUCCACCACUAACCGGAUUUCUGAUCGACCGCUUCGGACGCUACAAACCGGUGCUUCUGUCAGCCAUCGUACUCAACGCAAUAUCUCACCACUGUCUUCACCUGAUCCCACCGAGACUGGCUGGCGCCACGGACCACCACUUCACCGUGCGCCUAUCACCGGACGGAGCGUUCUUGAUGGCAGAGGGAACAACGCACUGCCCGGGACCGAGUUGGCCACUCAACCAGGGCUGCCAGCUGUUAAAUGGAACGUCGCACCGACUGCUACUGAACGGAACGGCAUACUGCGGCACUUACGCCAUUUCCGAGUGCACUAGGCAAACGCUAGACCUGAACGCGACCGUCACAGUCCACGACCGGGAGCCAAUCCACGGAACCGGAGAGUACGAUCGGACCUUCUGGACCUAUCUGUCGGUGCGCUUCGUAGCAUCGCUAAUGCUCGCCUCGAUGAUCACCGUGACCGAUCCGAUCGCGCUGGACAUGAUCGAGCAGCACGGCGGUGACUUUGGGCGCCAGAAGCUCUACUCCAGCGUGGGCAUGGCCAUCUUUACGCCCCUCACAGGUCUGCUGAUCGAUCUGAACUCGCGCGGCACCGACACCGCGUACGGGCCGGCCUUCUACACGAACGAUGCACUGCUCCUGGGUUCGCUCAUCACCGUCGCCCUGCUGCCGAUCGGGGCGAAGAAACCGUCCGCCAACAUCGUCGGCAACAUGGGCCGCAUCCUGCGCCAUCCGCACGUGUUGGCUUUUCUGGUGUUCCUGUUUCUGCUCGGCAACUUCUGGGGCUUCAUCGAGAGCUACCUGUUCGUGAUCAUGCGCUCGAUGGGAUCGCCAAACUAUCUUCUCGGGCUGACCUACACCGUCGGCACGGUCACCAGCAUCCCGAUGAUGUACCUGCUAAGCUCCAUCACCGGGUGGGUCGGGCACGUCAACUUGCUGGUGCUAGCGUUCUUUGCGCACGGCCUGCGUAUCCUCGGUUACUCAUGGAUCGACAACCCGUUCUGGUGCUUUCCGAUCGAGCUGAACGAGGCUAUCUCGUGCUACUUCAUGUGGGUCGUAGCCACCACGUAUUGUGCGGUGCUGGCUCCUAGCACUCUGGUGGCGACCCUCAUCGGAGUAGCCGGUAUGGUGCACUUUUGCCUCGGCAAGGGAAUCGGUGCGUUCGUCGGUGGGUUUCUGAUUGCGCGCGUUGGCCUCCGGAUGGCGUUCCGGUACGUGGGCUACACGGCCGUUGGCUGUGGUGUCACGUAUAAGCUGGUGCACUUACUGUGGCUACACCGUUACGACGAGCAGCAGUCGCAGGAUCAAGUGGUCACUGAGCUGGUCCGGAAGCGAAGCGCAUCGAUCGUGCCCAAAGGCGAUCCGUUCGGAAGUGCGCUCUUGCAGGCCAAAGUACCGCUGGAUGGGAAAGGAUAA